GUUUCCUCACUCCCGGCAUGCACACUGGAAGUCCAAUUAUUGCUAAUGGCGGGUAUUUGUACAAAAUAUGCAAAUUUAAAGCUGUAGUUUCCCCCCCGUAUUUGUAAGUAUUAACCGAGGAUUUGAAAUAAGCAGCCUCUGAAUAUUUCGAAGAAUUUUCGUGGAAUAUAAACCCCAAGGACGUGAAUAACAGGACUACUGGACAUGUAACUGUUAUCAUGUUGCGGCUGCUACCCGUUAACCACUGAGUCAAAGAGAAACUGAGCAGGAAGAGAGCGUGUGUGUGUGACAGAGAAAACUCCUUCACUUGAAAUAUUAGCUCGCCUUAAUGCUUGCCUCACAGCCGCUCGAUGUCAGAACUGCUGCACUAAAAGCUAACUUAAUGAGACGGAGGAAGUUGAGGUAGUACUCCUCUAACUCAGCGUUCAUUCAUUCAGCCGUUGGUUUCUCUGCCGGUAGAUCUCAUGAAGCGGAAAUGGUUCCCUUCAGAUUUAUAGUGUUCGGAUUGUUAUUAUUGUUAACCGUUAUUCAAGUUAACGGGACCGCGAAACUCAACAUCCCCAAAGUGUUGCUACCGCUUGCCAGAACUACUAAAAUUUCCUACACUUUGGAGAUAAACAACGGGGGUUGCUACAGAUGGUGAGUAAAAUAGCACGAGAGUGUCACAUUGCACGGGGGGCAUAUGAGGCCACAUGGUCGGGAUCACUGUAUGCACUGUAGUCAGGUCAUGCUGGUAUAUGCAGGAACCAGACUACUACACUGUGAAGUUUAUAAUAAUAAUAAUAAUAACUUUAUUUGUAUAGCACUUUUAAAAAAAAACACAAGUUGUUUUCACACGGAAAAGGACAGAUAUAAACAAAAAGCUUAUUAAAAACAGAAUUGAAGGCCAUUUUCAUUUUUCAUAAGGAACCCAUACAAUACAAAAACUAGGGCCCAACCGAUAUGGAUUUAUGCCGAUACCGAUUAUUGGGGGGGGGAUUACCGAUUAAUCGGCCGAUUUUAAUUUUUUUAAUUAAGUUAUAAAAAAUAUAUUUUUAUACUGUAGAUAUUUACAGUAUACUUCAUACUACAGUAUAUAGUAUACUGUAGUAAAGUAUACUGUAGCGUUUACUCAGCGUGACCGAGACCAGCACAGUGGGGAACAUCGUGUAGUGGGUUGAACUUAAACUUGUUGACUUCUUGUGUAUUUCACAAACUGGUUUAUUUACUCUCCCCCGUGCGUCCCUAAGCUGCCUGCUUCAGAUCCGUCACUCGGUGGAACAUUUUCGAAGUGAAACCGGAUCCUGUUCUCCGCAUUUUAUUUCUGAAAAUAUCGGCGAUUACCGAUUAGUCUUAAACGAACCAAAAUUGGCAGAUUUAAUCGGCUCGCCGAUAAAUGGUCGGGCCCUAACAAAAACCAUGCAGCAUAAAAUGGGACCAUGAGGACAAAAAUAAAAACAUAAAAUAGUAAAGAAAAAUGCAAGUAAUAGAGGAGACUAAGGCGGGAACAGGGUAGUAAAUAUAAAAGGCAAUGUCAACAAUGAUAAUGAAAUAAAACAGGUAAUCCUGAUAAUAAUAGUAAUGAUAUAAUAGAGCAACAAAAAUGAGCAAGAGAUAAAACAAUAAAAGGCCUAAAAGUUUAAUUAAGAAAAGAGUACAAGUAAAACAAAAGCUAAAAAGUCAGUAAAGCUGAAAUAAGAUAGAGGUUGUAGAGUGUUUCCACUGAGACUAUACAACUGAGUACCAAUGGGUGAAGAGCUAGAAUUCAUUCUGACACGUGAUGUGACAAUAAAAAAAAAAAAACAACAUGUAUGGUGACCCAUUUAUUUUCAUUCAACACAAAGAGAAAGUUCACCUGCUGCCACGCUGACACAGUCAAAAAUCUGUAUAGCUCUGCCCUCCACACCUGGCUCACUACCUGGGCUUACUUAAAUGCCCUUUUGUGGUGCAAAGAACCAAGGAAUAGAAACAAGAAAUGAGAAAAGCAAAAGAAACUAAAUAAUGUCUCCAACAGAGGUAAAAGAGAUAAGAGAUGACAGAUAAAAGAUAGAGGUAAAAGAUAAAAAGUUAAAGUUUAGAUGGAUUUCUAAUUCAUCUUUUAUUAUUUAUUGACUAAAUUAGUCAGUCAUGAAUAUUUUUGGUCUGGUUUGUUCUUACUGUUGACUUUUUAUUGAUUCAAGAGUUUAUCUAGAUCAUUCAAACCAGAAUAAACAGAGAAAAUAAGCAUUCAUUGUUGUUUUGUGAGCAGUAAUAAUUGAUUAUAUUUCAGUCUUUUACUCGUUUUCUAGAUAAGUCGCACCACAAAUGAAAAAAGUUUGAAAUUUUUGUUUUUUUUUCAUUAUUAAUGUCAAGAAAAGCAGCUAAUUCUUACUUCUCAAAUGUUGAUCCACAAACUUGACAUACACAUUACUGCAAUGAUCAAUCAAUGUCCAAAAUAGCUGAUAAUUUAAACUAUAUUUUAGAUUGAUUUAUGUACUCUACGUUCAUGACUUUAUCUUUUCUGAACUUUUACUCUCCCAGGUCCUCUUCCAGACCCGAGGUUGCAAGCAUCCAGGCUGUUGAAGAAGAAACCGGUUCAGGCUGCUCCACGAGAGCUGUGCUCCAGGCUCUCUCCACCCAGGCCUCCAGGCUGACUAGCAUCAUUCUGGCUGAAGAUACUGGUAAUCACAUGGUUACAGUACACAAUACAGCAACCGCCAUGAAAUGAAUGUAAAGAUCUUAUUCAAGAACUGCUUCUACAGUGACUCUAAAACAACAAAUAUGUGGAUUAAAAAAAAAGAGAAAAACUGUUCUUAAUUUCUGUGAUAGUGUAAGUUUGAGUUGGUUGACAAAUGAACAGGGGAAGCAUAUUUGAAGGAGGGUAUUAUAUGCAAAAGACACAGUUCAAAAGUGUCAACACAUGAGUAUUUUGUGGCUUGGUGUAAGUGUGCAGGGUUAACCGUUGCUUGGUUAUUGUUUGUCAACGAAUUAUGUUUAGUGCAGAGUGUGUUUAGUUGAUUUUUCACAUUGUUGUUUAUGAAAGGACAUAAUUAUGAAUCACAUUGUUCCAAGUCAUAUAAAAGAGAAUAAGAAUAACUGUAUUUUUGUUCAGUACAUUUUAACUAUGACUAAAGCAGGCUUGUAGUGGAGCAGAUCAACUUGCUCUCAUUGGUUUGCUUUAUGAUGUUUUUAUGGGCUGUGUUGAAACUGCCACUAUCAAGUUUGAUUUUGUUUAUUGUUAUGCGGUCUACUGUUUUACAUAUAAAGUAAUGGCAAAUCUUGCUGUACUGCUGCUGCAAUAAGUUUCAGUUUCAGAUUUCCACAGCUGUUACAGUCAUGUUUAUCAUGUUGUAUUGAACAUAUAUGAUAUACUCCUUAAUUUCAAAAUUAGACAUGAUGAUACGUGGUGUUGAAUUUGCGUUUUGCUCUUAUUUAUUCAUGAGUCUUCUUUUUAUUUUUGCUGCUGGGGUGGGGGGAAGCGGCGAGCUAUACAAAUGGUCUCAUUUCAAAAUCCCAUUGAUAUGAGACAGUCAGCUAAUGGACAUGCUGUGUUGCAUAACACAUGUUUUUCGUAAUCUUCCAUCUCAGCUAUUGUGAAAUGCUGUUAGUCGUCUCUUGCCUGUAGCACUGCUGGUCAGUCAUGUAUGGCGGUUUGAAACAUUUGCUUUGUCAUCAUAAAAAUCCGAUUCUUUUGCCCUCACUUGAAGGUUUAAAAUCUAAACAGUCUUGGACUUUCUGUGCAGAUCACAGGCAGUGAGUUCAAAAGUUUUCUCUCUGGCUGGAGCAGAAAAAAAAAAGUGAUUUAAUCUAAUGCCCGUGUAACAGCUUACUUAGCAGACCAGAAAACCACAACAUUUACCUUGAUAGAUAACCGUGAAGCAUUUUCCUGGUGCAGAGGAUGCUGUAAAUCCUUAACUCUUGCAUAGUACCAAUAAGUUUUGGAAUCAGGAGUUAAAUUUCUUUGCUUUCACUUAAACAAGAAUCACUUUUCCCUCUUAACAUAAAAUCACCAGGUUGUUGAGGUUUUAAUUUGAAGUACCGCACAUUAUGAACCGUUUGGAUGAUGAUUUGCCCCCUUUUUUCAUUUUCAGUGACAGGACAUGUGCUGCGCUGUGAUGCUAUCGUGGACGUCGUUAAUGAGAUCCAGAUUGUGUCAACCACUAGAGAGCUUCAUCUGGAGGACUCCCCGCUGGAGCUCAAAAUUAAUGCACUGGACUCUGAAGGUAACACACCAAGUUUUCACACAAGCUGAUACUUAAAAUGCUGAUGCUGUUUUUGAGAAUGGAAUACAGAGGAUCUUAACAUCCAUUGACAGUGUUGAAUACUUUAGAAUUGCUACCUCAUCUGAUUGUAAGGCCACCGUGCGACAUGGUUUUGCGUUGCUGUUCAAAAGUCUCCUCAAAGUAAUGACUGUGCUGGCUGUAGGCAGCGCUUUCUCUCCCCUCGGGCUGCAACUGUGAGGUGGCUGUUUGUUCUGUUCGACUGGCUCCAUUUAGGGCAGACACACUUAGUUUAAUGAGCUGUAGCUACAGCCUGAUUCUUUCUGAUGAUGGCUCUGGGGCUUGCUACUUUGUUUGUGUUUGCUCUGGUCCGAAAGUGCAUUUUAGAUUCUUCAGAUGGAGUGGAUAGCAAGACGACAUGGAGUAUCCUUUGAUGAUAACUCUUGUCCUUUUUUUGUGCAUCAGGAAACACCUUCACCACCCUUUCAGGUCUCGUUUUUGAAUGGACCUUAGUGAAAGAUGUCGAUGCGAAUGGAUUCUCCGAUUCCUACAAUGCAUUACGGUAGGCCUCUCCUGUAAACAAGAUGAAAUGAGCCUCACUAAGUUUGAUAAACAAUAUAUUUUCUUUUCCUAACAUGGUACUUCUCUUUUCAAGGGUACUUAAAUUCUCUGAAUCCACAUACACGCCGCUUGCGUACAUAUCUGAAAUGGAGCGUGUUGGGAAACAAGGUGAUGUGAUACUGGUGUCAGGACUGAAAACAGGACAUGCAAAGCUGAAAGCCAAAAUUCAAGAGCCGCUGUAUAAGGUAAGCUGUUAUCAGUUGCUUUAGAAAAAUCAGAUUGCAUUAAUCUGAUGUUUGCAUUAAGGUAAUUAAAGUAUAUCAAGUAUGAAAGUAGUUUAAUAUUGAGUAAAGGGAGUUUAAAUGAUGGUGGUUGACAGUUAAGUUUUCAUUUUUUAUUAUCAAAUUAUUUUGUGACAAUUUUUUUGUGAUUUUAUAAUUUAUGUGUAAUCUCUAAUCAUUUUUGCUCAAAAAUCUAAUAUAGUUAAAAAAAACUGUUGGUUCUUUCAAAUUGUUCCAACCUGAAACCUGAUCAUGCUGGUGUCUUCUGGCGGGAAAGUGAAGUUGUGUUUUUUCUGUUACUAUGGUGUCUGUGCCACAGGAUGUAGGUGCAGCGGAGGUGAAACUUCUGAUUUUAGAGAACAUCCUGCUGAGCCCUGAACAUGACAUCUACUUGAUGGCAGGAACUUCCAUCCGGUACAAAGUCCUGAAGAUCAGACAGGGCAUGAUCACAGGUCUGCUUUGUUUACUCGCUCUUAUGUUUUGCUUCGACUCGUGACUAGAGCAGCUGUGCCUUUUAUUUAGGGUCAGAUUUAUGAAGUAUGGAAACAACACCUCUUAUGCUAAUUUGUGCUUGCGGUUCUUCCCCUAGAGCUCCCUAUGCCCUCUGAAAACUAUGAACUGCAUCUUCAAAACAGCGUGGUCGGCCAGAAUGGAAACCCAGACGUAGCUGUGGCCAGUUUGGAUCAGAGCACCUCUACAGCUACAGCUUAUCAGCUGGGACACAUCAACGUCGUGCUCGAUCAUAAGAGUAUCCUUCAGACAAAUCAUUCUUUCAAAGUCUUAAGUUAUUACUAAAUCAGUAACAGUCUUUGAUUAUAUUUCAGAUGGAAUAAUGAAGUUUGUUGUUAGUUUGUGUUAUUGUUUUUCAUGUGGGCAGAGUGAUUGAUUGAUUAAAUUACAAACAGAACUGUAGAAUAUUGAGCAACAAUAAAGCAGGAAAAUCUGGAGUCAUCAUAGUCUGGUUUCAUUUUCCUGAACAUGAUCUACUCAGGCCCUCAAAUGCAAGGAGUGUCUCACCUUCCCAACAACACUCUCUAUGUGGUCGAACCAGGAUACCUAGGUGUGUUUCUUGUUCUCAAUACCAAAUCCUAAAGUGUGUGGAAAUACUUGAAAAUGCAUUAUAAUCACUGGUUUCUAUUUUUUUUUUAAGGUUUUAAAAUUCAACCUGGAGACAACUGGGUUCUUGAAACCGGCAGAGUGUAUGAUAUCUCCAUUGAAGUGUUUGAUAAAGGCGGACAUAAGAUUUUCCUCUCAGAUGUAAGUAUGUGUCAAGGAUGCAUUUCACAUUGUAGUGUAUAAGUGAUAGACAAGCACCAUACUAAAACUCUUUACCAUCACACUCUGUGAUUAGUCUAGUGUACUUCCUCAGCUGUUAAAAUCACAUAUUUUAAAAGACUCGCGAUUAUAAACUAUCACAUAUAUUUACCUGGAGCUUUUUACGUGCUUGAUUCAUACGUAACUGAAUUAUCUGGUGGUUAUGUGAAAAAGUCAACCUUCAUCCUUAUGAUUUUAAUUAGAGGUAAUCUAAAUGACUAUUUUUCAGCUUUGCAUUAAAGACUGUGGCUUCAUAAACAGCCUGAAAAUGAGUUCUUUACUGCUCUGAAAUACUAGUUUUCAGGUUGCAGCCAUAUAUGUGACAGCAACCCAGCACAGCUACUUCUUGAGGGCAGCCAAGAAGGAUUGAUGACUGGUGUAACAAGUUUCAUUUACAUUAGAUUGACGCAUAGAGUGAAGUACAUGCCAAUUUGAUUAUUUGAGGCUGUGUCUGCAGAAUAUCAGAACAACUAUAAUUUGAUCAGACUUUGCUAGUUCACAAGUUAUUUCAUCUUUACAGAACAAGAGCCAUCAGAGAAAUGCCUGUUUUGAGCUACUGUGCUAUUUUGAGCUAUUGACUCUUUUUAAUUUAGGGAUAGGUGAGAUAAAACAGGAUCUACUGUGAAACUGACAUGAUGUUUUUGUUUCCUCAGAAUGUCCGUAUCAGCGCCGUUUUCCCCGCGGAGUAUUUUGAGCUGCAGCAUUCGUCUCUGAACGGAUCAUAUCACCGAGUCAAAGCACUGAAGGAGGGCCUCACCGUCAUUGAUGCAACCUUGAACGCAGUUGUGGAUGCAGUAUGUAGAAUUGCAAAUUGACCCUCGUCAGCCUGCUUUAACUGAAGCAUCGUCAUGCAUUAAACUAUUCCUGGGGCCUCUGUUUGGUUUCAGAGCGGAGUUACGCAUCCUCUCGCCAACCCCGUCCACAAUGAACAGGAUGUUGAAAUCUACAACCCUAUAGUUCUGAGUCCCAGUAUUCUGACGUUUCCAUGGCAGCCCAAGGUUGGAGCGUAUCAGUACACAAUAAAGGUAGUUAUUUCUUUUCAGACACAUUUACUCUGCGUUUGAAAGGCUUUUCAUCCUUCAUAGAGCGGAGCUGCAGAAAAUAAUAUAUGACACCAUUUUAUUUGUUACUCUAUUGUCAAAACUUGUAAUGAAACUCAUAAAUGUGAAACUGUUCUCGGAUGCUUGUGACAGGCAACAGGAGGGAGUGGAAAUUUCAGCUGGUCUGCCUCGAAUACAGCUGUUGCCACGGUGACUGUGAAAGGAGUGAUGACAACAGUCAGUGACAUCGGUCUCAGUGUAGUUAAGGCUCAUGAUCUACGCAAUCGGCUGCACUUUGGCCAGAUGAAGGUGGGUGGAUGAUCUUAAAAUAUUCAUAUUAAGGAAAAAAUUACACAAGGUUAAUUAUUGAUUUCAUGAGUUUUAUCAUUGCUCUGAUUGUCACUGAAACCACUUAUUCAAGGUGUUUCAGGACCAUGUUUAAGUAUUAGGUCCACGCCAUCGAAGAUAAGGAUGUGUGACUUUCAGAGCAGUAUGAAAGGGCUCUUUAACAUGCUUCUCUUUUUGGAAAGAGCUCCUGAUCAAAGCUCCUGCAAGAAAAAUACCAGUGAUGCCUCUUUAUGACCUUUAAAAGCAAAUGAGACCAUCAGCAACAGGACUGGGAAUUUUUGGGGUUGUAAUAUUCAGUGCCCAUAACCACUGUUAGAGGAUAGGUGCCAGAGGAGAACGUUUGCAGCGCUCUGAAAAAGAGCCGUUAUUACUUUUUCUAAAGCAAAUAUUUGCACGGGUGAUUUUCUUUUGAGCGUGAUUAGAUCUUUGGUUUGAAAUAAUAGUAAAGCAGAUUAAACAUGAAUAAGACAAGAUCACCAAAGAUGUAAGAGGUGAGCUUUGUCCACAGGGAUAGAGUUUACACAAGUAGAAAGUUCCUCCUCCUCUUAACAAAAGCUGCAUGGAGUUCAGAGAUGCUGAUUUUAUGUGACGUGUAACCCACUGAGCAUUUUUUUGUCUUAAAGAAUUCUAAUAGGAGUCUAAAUGUCGCCUAGACGACUGGUCUAAAAUCAGGCUACCACAGGUCUGUAAAUGCAAGUCUUAAUCUGGGCUAUAUCUAUACUUCACUGUAUAUUGCUCAAUAGCUAUCAUAAUUAUUUUGGUUAAGAACUUGGAGAUGAGUAAUGCAGCUCACAGUUGCUUUUUGAAAUAAAUAGUUAUCGAAUAAUGGGUUAAAGUGCAACGUCUAAAUUCUGUCUAAAAAUAUACUGAAUCUAAACGGUUGAAAUUAGGUGUAAAGAAAACUAGACGUCUAAUAGCCGUCUAUUGCUCAGUGGGAAACGAUUGGUAAGGGCUGAGCAUUUCACAGAAAUUAUGUCUCUGCCCUCUUUUACAAGCUUAAAAGCUUCUUUGUGACUUUAAAACAUCAAAUUCAGUUUUGUUCCCCUUGAGAUUACACAACAAGCUUAUUUUCUUAAUGUGCCCCAGCUAUAAGGCUGACUUUGAUACCCUUUUCUGCUCUGUAAAUCCUCAGGUAUAUGUCAUUGAACCUGUGGCUAUGGACUUUGCGCCGUGCCCAGUCGAAGCCAGGGUGGGCCUAAUCCUGGAUCUGCCCCUCAGGAUUUUUGGCCUCUUGGAUGAUGUGGAGAAAGAGCGUGCCAUGCUGAGUGACUGCUCACAGUUUGACCUGCAGGUUGAGGAGGAUAAUCACGGUGUCUUCCAGCUGUUGGACGGUGAGUGUUUCUGAUUCGACUGGGUCAAAUGGGUUGUAGGACAUUUCCAAGGAAGUAAAAGAACACAGUUCCCUUAAUGUAUAGUUUACUGGUUUGUGUGCGUGGGGUCCUUAUUUAAAGUAAGUUAUUGUUUCGCCUCCUUUUUUAAUGGGAAUAAGUUUAUCACUUUAAUUCAGCUGUGCUCAGUCCAGUGUGUCUGGUAGAAGGGACUACACUCGGGUUCAUUAUGACUGAAGUCGUAAAAAAAAAAAAAAGCGAUGAAACUAAAAUUAUUACUCACUUUCCAAUUUGUACAAUUUGCCAUUAAAGCAGUGGUGCAGGAAACAUUUUAAUCAAUACACAAUUUCUACAGCGGUUUCAGUCUGUGGGAGCAAGAAUCCAAGAGUUUCUGAAACGUCUUUUUUUUUUUCAGUACACCCGAAUCUGUACUAGUCCGCCACCCAAACAGAUAAGAAGUGAAAGAACGGUAGUAGCCUGUGCAUGACAAACUGUGAGGGUGCAGUCCUUUGUACCAGUGAAGCAUUUUUUAUGUUUUAUGGCUUUUCGAUUGUCAUUACAACAUUUGUCUCUUUGAAAGUUCCUCUGUUUGCAGUAUCUGCACUUUUUCAUUCCGGGGCCGUGUAUUAUUAAUCACAAUGGUGGGCUGGGACAAAUAAUAAGACCUCUCUGUACUCCGGUGUGGUUUUCCUCAGGAAGAUAAAUGAGUACCUGUGAAAACAAUUGUGGUUAUUUGUACAUUGUCAUAUAGCAUCCUCCCUCUCUCACUCUUUGGCUUCCUCCCACCCUCUUCGUCCUUGUCCAGAGAGGAUGGCUCCAGGCCAGGACCACUGCAGUGGGGUGAGAGCCCAAGCCCUGGCUUCUGGCUACACCAUGCUUACUGUCAGUUACACCCACGGCAACAUUCACCUCAGUGCCAAGAUCACCAUCGCUGCGUAUCUGCCUCUCAGGGUGAGUUGAAAAGUUUCCUCCUCCCAGCUCCCUGCUCAACAUGAACCCAGAGAAGUUCACGUUUGCACCUUCAUAGGAUAUUAUCAGAGUUGAUUUUAAACUGCUGAUUUCCUUUGGGGUUAGGUUGUUAAUUUAAGGCACACCUCAUAAAUCUAUUUUGAAUACGUUGUGGGCUCGACGUUUUUAACCUACACCCAAAUCUUGUUUUGAUUAGCUGUAAUGCUCACCUCAGGUUUUGUCUUCUAAGAAAACAAACUGACUCAUGCACACUCACACUCACACACACACACACACACACAGUCUGUGUACAAUCAAAGCAGAGUUGUGAUGAUCAGCUCGUGUAAAAGUGUGCUCCUCCCGGGUUCUCUCUCUACGCCCUGUGCAUUUUAAUUAUGCAUUAUACACUUGCUACACUGAUUUGUUUUCCAUGUCUGGGCACUGGUUCAGCACAGGAAUAAAUUUGACUUCGCUGCUGUGGAGGAGUACUUAAUAAAACAGUAUGACAUCUCAUCUGAUGAGGGACCAAAUCUCUAGUCAUGAAGCGUUUUGUCACCGUUGAACCAGCCAUAGCUGUGGUUCUCUUUGUAAUCACUCUCAGCUCACCAGUACAGUAACAUGCUGUUUGAUGCAGCACUUUUGGGGUCAUGUAUUUUUGAACAGACUGGUUGAGCUGUAUUCUUCAAAAUGUUGCACACAUUUUUGUGAUGUUUCUUCACUUGUUGUGCCCUGGCAGCUAAAGGUUGACCCAAUUUAGCUUUUUUUUUUUUUCGCUGUGAAUCUCCACACCGAUGAGCCCCUCGCCGCUGCGAAGAGUUGACGUUUGCGAAGGUGUUCCUUUACUGAAAGUGUCCAGCUGGAACCGUGUGAUUUGUGGUUUCAUAACAUAAUGUUUUGGCAGGCUGUUGACCCUGCAUCUGUGGCUGUGGUGACUCUGGGAUCCUCAAAAGACAUGUUGUUUGAGGGCGGACCGCGGCCUUGGGUUUUAGAGCCUUCGAAGUUCUUCUGCAAUUUACGAGCCGAGGAUGAGUCCAGCGUGAGCCUCAGUCUGACCAGUCCCUCGUCUCACAACUACAACCAGCACUGGAUCAGAGCAACGUGCAAAGCCCUGGGAGAACAGGUUCGGUCUCCUGAAGUCAUUUUUUACUAUUGACACUUUAAAGUUUACUGUAUAAACACUCGGUCUACCAAAAUUCUGCAACUACUAGAAUUACCAUAAGCAGUCAUUUUGACUGCUCAGUCUUUAUUUGCACAUAAUUUGGAUAGUCAACAAUAAGAACUAAUAAUAAAUUGGUGGAAUAGAUAAAAAACACAUCAGUACACAAAAUGAAAAUCAAUUAAAUUAGAUUUUUAAGAACCUUCCUCAAAAUACCAAGACACAUCAUUCCCUAAACUUGCUUAUCCAUUGGAUUCUUCCCCAUCAAGGCUCUGAAGCAAGGCUCAAGCCUCCACACUUGUCAUUUUUCUUCUAGUUGUCAUUUAAGUUUUGAGUAAAGUUAUAGCAAGAUUUUAACUUCACAGAGCUUAAAGUACAAAACAAUCAACAGAGCAGGAGAAAGAGUGGGAAAAUGUAGCAAACAGUGAAAUAUAAUACCCUUCGUAAAAAGUAUGCAGUCAAUUUGACUGCUCUGGUAGUUGUAGGUACUUUUACUCAGGUCUCUUUUGUGUUUUGAAAUUUUAAUGAAAAAACAAUGUUAGAAUAAAAUAUACACACAUUUAGGAAAAGUCAGGGUGCGACUGGUGUAUGGGUUUUAUUUUGAAAAAGUUAUGCCAUUGUAAAUUUUGAAAGCAGUCAAAAUGACUGCCUCGGUAGUUCCAGUGUUAAAGGAUUUGGUUGGUUGUAUUUCAUAGUUUUCAAAUACAUUUCUUCUCAUUAAAGUUUAUAUCCCUUCAUCCUGGAUGUAAUGUUUUAGUGCUUAGCCUUCCUAACUGUGUCGUUCUUCAGGUGCUGGAGGUAAUGGUAGGAAAUGAAGCCAGUGUGACCAACCCCUUCCCUGCCGUGGAGCCAGCUGUGGUCAAGUUUGUUUGUGCUCCUCCCUCUCGCUUCACUCUGGUUCCUGUGUACACCAGCCCACAGCUCGACCUUACCUGUCCACUGCUGCAGCAGAACAAACAAGUGGUAUGUACAGUGUCCCUCCAUCAGGGUGAAAACGCGUUAGCUUUGACAUUUACUGCUAAUGCCGUGGUUUGUUUUACAUUGAUCACACACCUUUGUAAACACUAAAAUCACAGCUGACAUAACAUUUUAUGUUUUUAUGAAGAGAAAUAGCUUAUUCAUAAAUGCAAUUCAGAUAUACUAACACAUUACACCUCCUGCUUAUUUUCCUCUCCAUAAGUGUUACUGUAAAAACUCAAAUGCCAAGUGACACCUAUUUCCAGGUCCCAGUUUCCAAUUACCGUAACCCCAUCUUGGACUUGGCUGCCUUUGACCAACAAGGAAGAAAAUUCGACAACUUCUCCUCUCUGAGUGUGAUGUGGGAAUCGACCAUGGUGUCGGUGGCCAGUAUUGAACCCACAAUGCCCAUGGAGCUACUGCAGUUGGAGGACGGCAACAAACAGAUGAAACUUCACGGUAAAACCUCGCAGCUCGUCCUGAGUCUUUCCUGUUUGUGUUUUGUUGCGUGGGUUCACUGCUUAACUUUCCUCUUUUGUUGAGACAUUUUGAAAGUAAUGAGGGAGAAGCAGAAAAGAAAGAGCUCUGGCAGGAUUUAGUUCCAAGACAGCGGAGGCAGAGGAGGAAUUGUGCAUUCGCUUUUCAGCGAGAAUCCAUUUUUCAUUGUGUUCUUGCUGUCUGCUUCUAUAGAUUAGUGAUGACAAAUAGUUUGGGGUUGGUGUUUUUCGUAAUUACUUUUUUGUCUCUCGUCUUUUUUGUUUUCGUCAUCUUUGGCAGGGCGGCGAACAGUUCUUGUCCAUCAUCAGACAGGCAAUGCUGCCAUCACAGUGACUGCUAAUGGUUACCAAGUUUCCCAUCUGACAGCAGCUAAUGUUCCCAGUACAGUAAGUGAAUGUGAUGGAUCAACAGCAUGUCGACAGGCUUUAACUGAAUGACAUCAAUUUAUCAGGAUAAUGUAGGUCUUGUCUUAGUCCUCUGUAAUGGAGAUGUUGUUUAUAUAAAUGCAUCUGUUGUGUCUAACUAAAUCAGAAUGUGCUUUUGACUUUGUUUUCAUAUCAUGACACGAGUUAUUUUUUUUUUAACCUUUCACCUUUUUCCUAACAGUAUGACCCCCUAACUCCUGUCUCAGCCACUCUGGAGCUCCUGUUGGUUGAAGAUGUGAAGGUUUCCCCCAGCACAGUCACCGUCUAUAAUCACCCAGAUGUGCGGGUAAGUGACAAAUUCAUUGCUGCUGUGGCCUCAGAUACCUAUCACGAGAAGGUAGGGGUGGGAAUCACUAGUGGCCCCAUGAUACGAUAUAAUCAUGAUACUUGGGCCGUGAUACGAUAUUAUCCUAAUACUUGGGCCACGAAACGAUAUUAUCAAAGUACUUGGGCCACGAUACUUGGGUCAUGAUACUAUAUUAUCAUGACACUCUAGCCACGAUACGAUAUUAUCACAAUACUUGAGCCAGGCUAGAUAUUAUCACAAUACUUGAGCCACGAUACAAUAUUAUCACAAUACUUUAGCCACGAUACAAUAUUAUCACAAUACUUUAGCCACGAUACGAUAUUAUCACGUUACUUUAGCCACAGUAUGAUAUUAUCACGAUACUUGGGCCACAAUACGAUAUUAUCACGAUACUUGGGCCACGAUACGAUAUUAUCGCGAUACUUGGGCCACAAUACGGUGUUAUUUGUGAUACACUGAGUAUUGCGAUACAAUAUAUUGCGAUUUAUACAUUUUUUUCAUUUGUUUCGCUAAUUUAGCAUUUGGCUUUCCUUUAUCUCUGUCUUAUUUACGCUGUAUUUUAUUUUCAUGUAGCACAUCUUGCAAACCUCAUAUAUUUAUAUUUGUUGUGCUCACUUUCUAUUGCUCUAUGAUGUCACCUCUGCCAACCUCACUGUACAAACAGUGGAUUUUAUUUUUCCAUUAUCAUAGAUUUGACUUCAUUUUAGCAAUUAAUUUAAAAAAUCAAUACGUGACGGUAUAUAUUACCAGAAAAAAUAUCAGGAUACCAUGCUGUAUCGAUUUUUUCUCCUACCCCUACUUGAAGGGGAAGGCUGGCAGACACUGGCUUUUCAUGAUUUGCUGUCUUAGAAGUCCAACUGUGUUUGAUAUCCUAUUCUUAUUAAUUUUACUCAGUCUUUUCUUCUUCUUCAACUCGCAGGACGAGUUGAAAUGAAUUAAGUCAAACAGAAAGAAUUCAGACGAUAACAAUAAUUGCUCUAGGCACAGUGGAAACUUAUAUCCCUUACCGGGCCCCCCUCUCCUAAUCCUGUGUGAUAUAAGAGCAGUGUUUGGCAGGUGUGGAGGUUAAAUAACAUCUAGUGACCUGUGUAAGAGGAUUUUAGAGAGCGAAUGUGGUCAGAGGUCACCCUUGGGGUCUCAUGCAAGGCCAGCAUGCUGUCAGAAAAACACGCCUGUGAGCUGGCCCAGUUUUUGGAUGAAUUCCACAAACUAGUCCCUUCAGCCGUGUAAUCGUCUUCAUUUACAGUAACAAGCGUUUGUCUUUUGUGUCGCAGGCAAACUUGGCUCUGCAAGAGGGCUCGGGGUAUUUCUUUGUCAACACCAGUGUGAAAGGGAUAGUGGAUGUUGUGUUCCAGGAGGCCCAGAGAACAGCUCAGGUAAGAGAAACACUGGGGUCAGAUCAGGUCAUACACAAUUUCUAAUUCUGGACAACAUACAGUAACCAGCAGUUUUUACACUGACAGUAUUUCUUUGACUCGCUGUGUGCCCAGGUGUCUCCCGUCCAAUCAGGGGAGGUGAAGGUGAUGGUUCAUGACCUCUGUUUGGCAUUCCCAGCCCCAGCCAAGGCCACGGUGCACGUCUCUGGCAUCCUGGAGGUUUAUGUGAGAGUGGUGGAUAAGGUCAGUUAUCAUCCUUCAAAUUCCUCCUCCUGGAGGGUCUGUACGCCGCUCAAAUAGAUGAUCCCUGUUAUCAGUUUUACACAUUCCCAAAAUUCCUCAGUGAUGUGGAGUUCUCCAUGUGGUUGUCUUUUCCUCAAACCUUUUUCUCAUUUAAGUUUUCAUGUGCUGAAAUAAUUAACAUAUUAAAGUUUGUCCUGCCUGCGAAGCUAAAUCAUUAUUUCACUGAUGAUAUAUGUCUUUAAUCUGCGUUACAGGUGGAAAUCGGGAAAUCUGUGACAGCUUAUGUCAGAGUCUUGGACGAUAACAAGAAGCCUUUUCCAGCCAGCUAUUUCACUUUUAUGAAUCUGAAACUCAAAGCGGCUUCAGCAAUCGUCUCUCUAAAGUAAGUAUUUCAACACUUGUGUGUCUCAGUGUAAUAAUUUGCAUGGCCUCAUGUUUGUUUCUGCGUAAUUCUUUGCAGACCACUAGCUGAGUCCAUGGAGAAGGAUACAGCUGUUUUCCAAGUGAGAGGAAUUUCCAUCGGUCAGACCACUGUGACAGCUUUUGUCGUUGAUAAAAAUGGGAAAAAAAUUGCAUCCACACCUCAGGAAAUUGAGGUAAGAUGUUGCAUGAAUCAUUUAACUGUUCGUUUAAAUCAAAUUCCCUGCAUAUUUUAUACGUAUUGUUUUUUUUUUUUACACUCCUAGGUAUUUCCACCGUUUAAGCUCAUCCCGAGGAAAGUGACUCUGUUAAUCGGGGCGAUGAUGCAGGUUUGUGUUGAGACAUGCCGACAACAGCUGGCCUCAGCUUUUCACGCCAAAAAAGAUCAUCUGGUCCUCGGUUUAUUUUCCAAGCGAGCCCUCUGCCAGGACUCUUCUGGAAGACGCCCUUAGCCUAAUUGCUCUUAGUUUGAGCAUCCAGCUCGCCUUUCAUUUGCCUCUGCUCAAGCUUUAAUUAGGAAACCUUUGCCAUCCAUUCAAGAGGCCUCCUAAUUGCCGAGCAUUAAACUCAGUAAUACACACGCGCUGCACAUUAUUUUUGUUUGAGCUCAAUUUUUCUAGACUGGAGUAGAUUCACACACAGAGGCAUAAUGGCUUUCUGCGAAUAAUUAUCAGAGCAUGCAUUGAUCAGAGCUAUUGAUUAAACUGUCAGUGUUGUCAAGAUCACUCAUAUGUGUUUUCAUCUUCCCCCUUUUAAACUCUUCCCCUCUUUUUUCAUCCCCCGCUGUCAUUCACAGAUCACAUCUGAAGGCGGCCCUCAGCCUCAGUCCAAUAUCCUCUUCUCCAUUUCCAAUGAGGAGAUAGCAUCUGUUAAUGGCAUGGGACAUGUCAGGGGUGUAGCGAUUGGUAAUGUCACGGUGACAGGACUGGUCCAAGCUGUUGAUGCCGAAACUGGGAAGCUAGUCGUUGUGUCUCAGGUAGAUAUAUAUGUGUGUGUGUGGACAGUGUGUGGGCAUAUUUAUGUUUUCUAAGACCCGGCAGAUGGAGAGCUUAUUCCCUUGUGUCCUCAGGAUCAAGUAGGAGUUGAGGUUGUGCAGUUGGCUGCCAUUCGAAUCAGGGCGCCUAUCACAAGAAUGAAGACAGGAGCACAGGUAUACACACAGACAUGUUUACAUCAUAGGCUGACUAUAUCUGAGUUUGUAAAGAUUAUGUAUUGUCAGAUAUUAUCUUGACCUUUGUACCGGGAGCUCUACGGUAUAUUGUUUAUUGUUUGCACUCCUGUGAGAAAUACUGUGAGUCUGUAUUGUGUUUUUUUUGCAUUGUCAGAUUGAAACCAUAGUAAAGCUCCUAUGACGCUGAAGCUAAUGGGGGUUCCAGCAAAGACACAAAGUGCUUACUUUAACUGGAAAAUGUAAUUAUCUCUCGUCUGUUUUUAGAUGCCAGUAUAUGUGAUGGGUUUGACCAAUAGUCAAACACCCUUCUCCUUCGGCAACGCUCUCCCCAGCCUCACCUUCCACUGGUCCACAACCAAAAGAGACAUCCUGGACGUCAAGCCAAGACACAUCGAGGUACCCUAAACCUAUGUCAAGGGUUUUUGUGUGUGCGUUUGCUGCCACAACGUCCAACACUGUACAAUCCUAUUUCUGUCUCUUGCUGUCCCUCCACUCUCUUUAUCAGAUUGACUUUUUGAUGUGCUGUCUCUGUGUUACAGACUGAAUUGAAGAAGUGCAUCUGCCUGCUCUCUGCUUCCUUGUCAGCCUCUGCCUUGUCCCUGCUUCCUCAUCACUGUUGCCCUUUUAUUUGAUUUGUUGCUUCUAUUUUUUGCCCGUCGUAUAACGCUGUCUGCCUCCCCCCCAGGCUAACGUGGAGCUUCAGUCCCAGCACAACUUCGGCAUGAGGGUGACUGGAAGAACAAGAGGGCGGACAGGGCUGAAGGUGGUGCUCCGGGUCUCAGACCCCCAGGCUGGGCAGCUCGUGGGUGGUGUGCUGGAGCUCACAGAUGAGAUUCAGAUUCAGGUACAGAACUAUGGCGAGAAAAAAGCCUGAUUAUAAACUUAUCACGGCCCAGUCCCCCUCUGCUCCUUUUAUAAUAGAGAGGCUGGCAUUCAGGGCAGCAGUGCACUGAAACUGCUGAGCUUGUGAAAAUCAGAGUCUUUGUGAUGUGAUACGACUACAGAUAAGUUUGAGCAGAGUGCAUUCAGCCGCAAACUGUAUUAAACUAUGACUUGUCACUUGAGCAGGAACAUCGAAGAAUAAUUAAAGCCCUCAAAUAAUAAUUAGAGUUUGAAUAUUUUGCUUUGAUCAAGGUUUAUGACAAGCUGCACAUGCUAAAUCCUGAAGUAGAGAGCGGGGAGUUACUGAUGGCUCCAAACUCAGCCCUUAAACUCCAAACUAACAGGUGAGUAAAUAGAUUCACAAUGCCUAAAAAAAAAAAAGAACAGAUGUGUGUAUGAAAGUUAGAUAAACCUGCAAGUGUUUCCGUUUCUGUUUGUCUCACAGGGACGGUGUGGGCGCAGUCUCUUACCGAAUGCUGGAUUGCCCCGACCAGGUUGUUAUCGCUCAAGUGGAUGAUAAGGGUUUCCUCUCUUCUGGCUCGCUCACCGGUAUCUCCUCUUUGCUGAUCUCCUCGCAUGAGACGUUCGGUGUCAAUCAAACUCUCAUCCUGGCUGUGAAGGUCAGUUUUAGAGCCAGUGCAUAAAAAAGUGUCUCAGAUAUUUUGGUUUUCAAAAGCAGUAUCCACAGGGAAUUAACAGUGAAAUCAACCACAGUGGCCCCUUAUGAAGUUAUGAUAAGCUGUAUUUGCCACUCUGCUGAAACUUGUACUUGUUUUAAAUCCAAAUUGUACUGUUGAAUGAAUAACCAGCUGUUUUUGAUUUAAAUUAUAUCAGGACAAGCCAGUCAUUCUCGUUCUGCAUGCUAGAUCCAGACACUGCUAGAUUGAGGAGCUGGAGCAGAGUCUAGAAUGGACUGCUUGUAUCGGAGUGCUGAUAUCAGAGAUUUUAGAUGCAGGCCGAUAUUAUCCGAUAUUUGUCUGUUUGCUGAUAUCGGACCAAUAUCCAAUAUCAAUAUCGUAUUUGGACAACUCUAUUGAGUGCACAAUCAUACUUUAGCAAAGUGUGGGACAACUGGUGACCCUCUGAUCCAAAACAGCAACACAGAAUACUAAUAUGAUAUUUUGCAUUCUUCCUGUAUCCCACUAUAACUGAUGGCUGCACUGCUUUUCCCUCCAUAUUUCAGGUGGUGCCUGUGUCCUAUGUGCGGUUCAGUACCAGUCCACCUCUCUACACACAGACCAAAGACAGCCUGAAGGCUUUGCCCCUGGGCAUCGUGCUUACCUUCACCGUCCACUUCCACGCCAGCACCGGAGAGACCCUGCACAGCUCCAACACACAGCUUACGUUCGCCACAAACAGGUCAAUGAGCGCACCACCUAUAGGUUCUUCACGUCGGAGUUAUUGCUGUCAUUUGCUGUAAUAAUUCAUAAGUCUGUAAGCCGCAUGACUCUGAGUGAAACAUGACUUUUAGACAAGCAGAGGAAGAAGUGAGGUAUGUUUUGCAGUUCUCUGAGCGCCCCAAGGUUGAAAAGCUAUUAUGCUGCUGUCCAAGGCUAUAUAUAGAGGAGGAGAGCCAAGGCCGUUUUUGAGUGGUCUGUUGUGCAACCUUAUCCAUCCCUGUGUGGCUUAUGUCCUCUCAUUUUUCAAAUUCUGCCAGACAUGUCAUGUCAGCUCACAAGCUACUCAGCUAGCAUAACCGAAUAAAAAAAUAUAAAAUAUGUCAAACACGGUUACUUAGAUUGAAAUGUAAUGGACUUAAUGUUUUAUGAAAUUCAGCCAAACAAGAUCUUAACUAAAGCGAUGAUUCCCCAAAGCGUUUCUCCUCGCUCAGACUGUCUGCGUUUAUAUCUACGGUACAGCCGGGGUCAUGGCAGGGUUCAGCGGCAGGCUCGGUGCGAAGUUCACAGCAUUAAUUUACUUCGCUGUAGCCCUCAGCCUCAUUUUAGAUGGAGUUGUUUUCACCUGAGUGAGUGAGCGAGUGAGCUAAAUUAAUGGGAAGGGUUGAGCUCGGAGAAGGGGAGCUGCUCUCCCAACGAGGGACUCCCUCAUCUGUCUGCACAAUAAAUUGAUUCUAUUACCUUUUCCUCCAGGUGCUGACAGACAAUUUUAGGGGAAACGUAUCAAAACCAGGGAGGCAAAGGGCUUUUAGUCCGGGGAGUAUCGCUGGACUGUGAUAAGAUCCCAUUUCAUCUCCAAGGAAACCAUCUGAAUCUUAUUUUAUUUGUAUGUUUGUGGUAAAAAGAGAAGAAAAAGUUCAGUCGUAUUUGUCCAGGACAUAUGCUUUUGGGACGUAAGCAAAUGGAAGACAUUUUUCAGGGGAAUAAAAAUAAAUCAGGCGUGAUGCUUAUCUUUUGUAGAGGGACAUAAAAACCAAAGAGAACAGUCUGUCCUCUUUAAAGCUCGUGUUUCGAAGCCUGUCUAAAAUUAAAAGUUAAAAGUCUUUUUAUUGCCGAUAAAAUUACUUAAUUAAAAUUACAGAUAAUAAAUAUUUAAUUGAAUUAGGCUUCGUCUUGGCUCCUGCGACACAAAACUUCACCUGAUAAAUUACCCUGAACAAAAGGUUCUCAGUUUUUCAACCUUUGCAUUUUUUACUUUGUUGUAGAUGAACGAGUCCUCCCUGUUCUCAUGUAUAAAAUAUGAAUGUAUCGAAAAAACAAACACCAAAAAUCUGAAUUGUAUCCAUGAGCAGCAUCUUAAAACCGGAUCUGUUGAUGAUAUACUCACCCCGCGUCUGUGCUCUGUCCUGCAGAGAUGACCUGGUGCAGGUGGGGAAGGGACCUGGUAACAACACCCUGACAGUGAGAACCAUCAACGUGGGCCUCACUCUUCUCGCAGUGUGGGACAGUGGAAACGUGGGCAUGGCGGACUACAUCCCAAUACCUGUCCAGUAUGCCAUCCACCCUAAUGGGGCUGAUGAGAUCCAAGCACUGGUGGUUGGGGACGUGGUCUGCUUUACUGCUCCUCUAAGUGGUCCAGAUGGUGAGAGAUGCUUUCGCUCUUUAAACUGUAGUAUAAGUUGAUUACAGCUUUCAUCAACAUUUCCUCCCCACAGAAAAACACAUAGAAGUUAUAAAUUACUGCAUAUUGUCACCCUGAGUCAUUUUUUAUAGGCUUAGUGCAUUUACAUGACAACGCAAAAUCCACGCAAAAUCCUGUAGUAGACACGCCCGGCCUAAAGGUUCGGGUUGCCCGUCUGGUCCUGCUCCGAGGUGGAUUCCACGAUAACAAGUUGUGCACGCAUAACAUGCUGCGUCUCUGCAUGCGCACUUGUUGCUGUUGCUGUUGUUGCCGUAGCUGGUGUUGUUGCUGUUCUAAAUGUUGGUAUAAAAGUCGUAGGAGUAUUUGUAGUUGCUGGAACAAGAACAAAAUCACCCCAGCUACCGCUAUUGUUGUUGUUGUUGCUGUGUGUGUGACAAUGUGGGUUGGGGGGCGGGGAGGAGGAGGGGUGCUAUGAGGUCACCUAUUUAUACCAACUACGGCAUGAAGACGAAUACCCAGAUUUCCACCUGCAGACCUGUUUUCAAAAAAGAUGCAGAGUCAUGGACAAAUACGCGUCUCCGUGUGUCAAUAUCAACAGAUCAAUAGUUUAUUUUACCGGUGUCUUACUAAUUCGUACUCGUGUAAAGACCACCUAAAGGGAUGUUAAAUUGAUUAAUUAUGAAUGACAGAUUUUACCUUGUAUUUAUGUGUGUGCAAAUCUUUCCAAGCCAAUAAUUUUCUUGUUUCAUCUCUCACAGCUGCUGAUGGUACUUGGAGCUCCUCCACUGACAGUGUCCUUCAGAUGGACACUAAAACUGGCGCUGCUGUAGCCAGAGGCCCCGGAUCGGCCACCGUGUACUACGAGAUCGCUGGAUUUUUCAAAACAUACAUCGAAGUAUGUUAUCUUCAGGCUCAUACUAGUGCUUCAGCUGCAAUGCUUCACCGGCAGAGUGAUAAAUCAUUAAGCGUACGCCGGUGUAUAUUAUCUGCCUUCAAGUGGUUGUUGUUCUGGAUGUUAUCAUUAUGCAAACAGCACACCUCUCUGGUGUCUUCAUUUCUUCUCUUGACAUCCCGAUUCCCCGGGGAAUUCGAUUGUCUCCUCAAGUGCAUCGCAGUGUAUCAGUCCUUAAGCAAAACAUCAUAAUGAGGAUAAAGUUAAGACGUGUUUAGUUCUCCAACAACACCUUUAAGUCUCCCCCCCUAAAACGAGUGUAUGACAUUUUAACUCUGUUGAGCUCCUCAUACAUGGUGGAGUGUGGGGAGGAUUAAUUAGCCUUCCUGAUUGUCCCUGCACUCUAUCCAGUCUUGCUCCUACAAGGCUCGUGAGCUGAAUACAACCCGCAGUUUUGAAUGCAUAUUUCCUUUUAGCAGAGCAGGACCUGAUGAGAAUUGGUGAGAGACAGUUUUUAUCUCGAACAGAGAGAGAGAGGUGCUCACAGGCAUUCAAACCAAAUGAACUCAAUGAAGAUGUGUGGGCAGACACUUGAGAAGAGGUAGCAGUAAUGGCAUAUUAAAGACUCAGUUUUGUUAUAAUUAGUGUUGUUCCACUGACAGACCGGCGUGAUUGAUGUAAACAAUUAGCUGUGGAUGUUGAUCGUACUGUAAUUAAUCUAUGCAAACACCUGAAUCGCAGCAGGAUUUAUCGGCUGUUUAUAUGUUCCUCCUUGUUCUGUAGGUUGUGGUAAAAACGCCCACACGGACUGCAGCGACGGCGCAAUCCGCACCUGUCAGGAUCGGCAAAGAGACAAAGGUCAUGCUAACUACCAAAGAGAGAGGAACUCACCUCAUUGGUAUGUAUUCAGCAUAAGCUGGAAGAACAGGGGGGUGGAUUAAGUUCACUUGUUUGGCCUUAAGAAAAUAAGAUGUUACCACUCUCAUGACAGGAAGCUAGAGCCAGCAGCCUGUUAGCUUAGAGUUAAAGUGAAGAAGCUGAAUCUUUGGUCUCACCUGACAGCAACAAAUCCAUCCUCUAUUACAGCUAAUGCUUGUAGUCUCUCAUCCUAUUUAUGAAAUGGGCUGACAUUCAUAGUUAAAAGAAGACAGGACCAUCAGCAACAAGAGUAAGGAUUUUAUAUCCUCGUUUUUUUAAUGGCUGAGCAGGUGUGAGGGGGUAGGUGUCAGCCUAGCAGCUGAAGAACCAGCCCUGUUUUUAUGAUGUCUAUAAAUAUAUGCACAAGAAAUGAUACUUAUGACUUUCAAAAGUCAGCAGGAUGAGAUUAUUUUUGUCGAGAAUCACUAGUUGAGCAUGUAAAGGACAAGAUAAGCAGAGACUGUGCUAAUGACAGUCUCCUCGCUUGUUUGAUUCUUAACCAGCCUUCUGAAAGGGCUUAUAAAUCAUCAGUCUCAUUGUUCUCGAGUCAACAACAAAACUUGUAAUGAAGCGCCGAGCCUUUGUAUCCAAUGCCAGUGUGCUCUGCCCUGCAGGAAGCUGUUCCUCUGCCCAGACUGAAGCUAUUUCUCAGCUGCAGCCAGAAACCUCCGUCAGCUGUCAGCUCGGCUUUACCAGUGACGCUGUAGACUUCCCCGCUAAUGAUGUCUUCACGAAGCAUACCAGCUUUGACACCAGCAGUGGUAAGGCUGCUCUGUGCUCCCAACAGAUAUUGUGAUUUUUGGUUGGAAAUGCAUUGUGUUAGUAUAUUAACUGUGAGUAUUUUGGUCAUAUAGGAUGGUUUCUGUUAUUACAAACAUGAUUUUAACAGGAUUUUCCAGCGUAAAAUUGAUUUAGGGUCAAACACACCAGAACAGUGAGUUGGCCGCACGAUAGUAAUACACAGCAGUCUGAGAAACCAUAAACAACCACCAACCAAAACGCCACAAAUAAUGCUCAGAACAGCACCUAACUUCAUCAACAGUACAUAUAGGGUCCUAGUCAUAGUACGAGCCACCAAACAUCUUUUUAACUUUGAUUAAUUUCUUAAGCGAAGAGUCUAAACACAACUCAACUACUGUCUUCCAGCAGCCGCUUGUUUGUAGCGAGACCCCGGGCCAAUCUGUCAGGACUGCUGCGGGGUGACGCAGCAUUUAUGAUCAUAAAUGUUCUUUCUUGAGCUGCGUCACCCUGCUGCAGUCUGUAAUGAACUGGCCUGAGGUCUCGCACAAACAAGCGACUGCUGGAAGGGAGUAGGUGAGUUGUUUUUAGACUCUUUGCGAAAGAAAUCAGGCAAAGUUAAAAAGAUGUUUGAUGGCUAGUGCUAUGGCUGGGACCCUAUAUGUACUGUUGAUGAAGUUAGGUGCUGUUCUGAGCAUUAUUUGUGGUAAUAGAGCAGCUUUUUGGUUGAGGUUUGUUUAUGGCUCCUCAGAUCGCUGUGUAUUGCUAUCGUGCGGUCGUUACUAAAGUUGGUGUAACUAGAGAACAAGCGGUCGGCGAAAUUCAUCUCUCGAGGGGGUGUCUAACUCGGUGUUAUGGCGUGUUUGACUCUAAAUUAAUGUUACGCCAGAAUAUCCCUUUAACUUGAUUUUUCAUACCUAGUAUUUAAGUUUGGUGUUGUUUGACUAUCCUUUCUUUUCCUUUAAAAUCACAGACUGUACCUUUUUUGUUGAGUAUACCUGUGCGCAUCUUUUUACAAGCGUUGAUAUUUUUUCAUUGGUUUUGUAUCUCUUUAGGAGCACCCACUUUCCCCACAUUAAAACUGCUUUUAAAUCCGACUCGAGCCAAAUGUUUAUGCCCAUGUUCUGCGUGACUGUCAGGAAAAUACUGUUCACGAUGGCAUAAUCAAUACUGGCAAUGCUCUCAGAAUGAAUUUAGCAGGGACUAUAAAAGGUGUCUGGGUGAUAUAUUGAACUGAGGAAAGUCUGGGUUACUUCAAAGCUCUGGUCUAAUUAUGUUUGGGGUUUGAGACUCCGAUGUGAGGACACGAUGUGAAUGACCCUCCCUCGCAAAACUCUGGGAUUAAAACGAGUAAAACUUUCUGUAUCUUCUAUGUUUUUGCACACUUUGACAUUUGGACACCCGAACUCCUCACUCUUUCCUCUGUGACUUCUCGCCCCAGGCCUCUACGUAUGUUCCAUAACCCUGCAGCCGGUGACAGAGCAGCAGACCCGUGUGCACAGCAUGUCCAUGAGCAACCUGCAGGUUAAAGCCAGCCUGGAGGGCAGCGCUUUCUCAGGGGAGCAAGUCAGCGCCCUCCUGCCCAUCGAUCUAGGCCUCUAUUCAGACCAAGCUGAGCUGCUUCUCUCAGGUCUGCACCCAUCAGCUGAGCUCACCAUCUACGGGUCCACUGCCGCCCUGUCCAGCAUGGAGGUCAGGCAAAAAUCAUCCAAUUAAGUGUGCCAUCAUAGUUAGGAUUAACCUCGACUUUGUUUGAACAAAUCAAUAUCCUCUUGACCUCGUUUUUAGGUGGUGUCUACAUCUCCAAACGUUGUCGUCCAGGAGAAGGAGAUGCACCGUGACUUCCCAAGUUACUCAAAGUACACCGUCACCGCAGUGGACCCUCAGGCAGCCGUCUCUGCUUUUGUCUCCGUCAGCAGCGCAUCCUACGGCCAGAGUCUUUCCAUCCCGGUCACUUUGACUCCUGCAGCUGAAGCUUAUUUUGCCAAAGAAGGUCAGAUAUCCUUUGGGCGCAAACGACCAGUCGCAAGGUCAUGUUGCUUAACGUGUAACUUUUUUUCGAGGGACAAGAAGCUAGCAGGGCUGUCACUUUAAACCAACAUGUUUAGUGUAAUUUGAAUGCAUCCCCUUUAGCCUGUUUCUAAAAUAGCUGGUAAAAUAACACAGUCGGUGUCGCCUCCUCUGCUGACAAGGUAGGUCAGUGUUGGGCAAUUAAAACAAUUUAGCUGAAAUUUGUUAUACUUGAUUAAAUACCUAUCUCCUACAGUGUCAACUCAGGGUUAGUUUAAAAAUGUCUCUGUAUAUCAUGUCCUAGAUAGUUGAGUUUUCAGUUGCUAAAAAUAGUUAUAAGAUCUGUAAAAAAGACACUUUUUGGGAUAUCCAGACCCAGAUUUUUCAGGAACAGUGUAGCACCUUUCACCACUGUUUUGUGGAUAAUAUUCAUGGGUGGUCUCAGCACUUGGAGGGGGAUUCUAACAGCCUGUUGUCUUAUCAACUCUGCCUCAGCAGCACCUCCUCCAGGGGGGAACCAUCCAGGGGGCCACCCCCUGCAGAACCUGAUCGAUAGCUACCAGAUGAUAUUCUUCUCCCUGUUCUCUCUGCUGGCUGGCACAGCUAUCAUCAUCAUCGGUGGGUCACACAGUAGAAAAUGGAAAACCAAGAGAAGUCUAGAUGCUGCAGUUUUAGAUAUUUGGAGUACUCUGUUUAGCCGAAUGUUGUUUGUUUAGUCAUUUUUGUGCAGCUUAAGUUUCACUUCCACGUGUUAUUUUCAUACUCUAUACUCGUAAUAAUAGAUAAGCAAAUAUCUACAUUUUUAAAUUGAAAAAUGACCUCUGCCAGCGUUCAAGCUUGUCUUUGAUAAGAAAAAUAAUGUAUGAAGUGACAAUCUGCAUUUGUCAAUGACUUCCACAAUCUUAAGCACUCAAAGUUGUGAGGAAAUUUCAUGACUCCCAGGAGCUGUUUUGAUACAGAGCUCCCCAAACACUGUAAUGGUUGUGUUUUUAAAUUUGUUUUAUUCCCCGCAGUCCUCCACACGGUGUUCUCUCCGAGGGAGCGAGCCUAUCAUCCUGUUUUCAUCGCCAGGACGCCACCAGCAGACUCAGGUAGGACUCUGUGACACACCCCCGAGGGAUGAACCUUUAAAUGUCAGCCCAUCUCUUUCAGGCCCCGAAUGUUGCUGUAGUUUCGAAAUGAGAAGUUUGUUCAGUGUCUAUGUGCAGCCAACCACUGAAGAAAGCCCCACAGAGUAUUAAUUAAAUCCACUCUGCCAGCAUCCAGGACAAUUUUCUCGUGUCAGAUUAGAUUUUUAAGACGAGUCACAUCGCUGAUUGUAAAUUAAAGCCUAUUUGGACACAGACCAACAAGAAGAGAAGCAUUGUGUUUAUCCAGAAGUUUCCAUCGUAUCGUGACUGAAGCUUCGGCAGUGCUGUAUAUCAAAACUUCUCCUCUGUGUUCUGGCUGCUGAGAUAUGUUUGGAGAGAUGAAUGUGUUUCCACUACAAAUAAGGCUGCUCAUUUCUGCCUCGAAGCCAAAUCGUAUUUUCUUUUAAAUUCCACUGCAUUUUUGUUCAACUUUUAAGUCUGCAAACCAUCUUCACUAAUUUCUCAUUUCGAGUAUUUUUCUCCACAGCUAUUCUUCUCGAGCUGCUGUAUUUACUUAAUGCUGUAUUUGGCUUUUACUCCAGGUAUAUGCACCCCAGACGGGAACACUUUAAACCGCAGAAUACCGAGAAUGGACCCAAACAGCAGCCCCAGGUCACGUCUCUACUCUCCAGACUACAGGACCUGAUAAAGCUCCCUGUCUGCUCCCCCUUACUCUUUAUUUUGAAAGAACACCACAGGCCAUUAAUGCAUAUUGAAUGUGCCUCCUUCCCUUAGUACGAAUGCUGUGAGGUGUGACUGCAAACUCAGCUACAUUCAGUUAUCCUCCUCGUAUGUUUGUACAGAUGCUCAAUGAAACUUGUUUCUUUCAUAACAGCAGAUCAGAUGAUAACAACAGGGCUAUUUUCUAUAUAUGUGUGUGUGUGCGUGUGUGUUUUCUGUGUGGAUACAACAAGUUAUACGCAAUAUAUAUAUAUAUAUACUUGUCUUUUUGUGGUUUGCAAUGGAAGAUAAUUUUAAACAAACAAAAACCACUUAGUUAUUUACUGACGUCCUUUGAGGAGUUUGCAGUGUUUAAAAACCAAAUAUCAAGUUUGCGUUUCAAUAUGUUAGUCUCAUGUUUGUUUGCGCUGUAUUAUAUUAAUGACGUGGCAACUAAUAUCUCAGGAUGAACCUCGUUCUUGUACGACUGAAAGGAAAUGUUAAUUUAAUAAUAUUUUGACAGUAAGGCACAUUUCCUUUGUUAUGUUGUAGCGUACUUAUACAUUGUGUGAAUUUGCCGUCCACUGAGACCAUCCUCGGGCGAGGAACCCCUUCAAAUGUGCAAAGUCCUCACUGACAUCAUGCAGCUUUGUUUCUGUUUUGGGGCAUUUUCUGGGAGAUGUGACUUUCCUGUUAUUGAACAUUUUCUGAGUUCAGAGCCUCGGUGCAUGUAGCUCCUCCUCAUUUCAUGAAUGUGAAACAGUCAAGGAAUGUGAACAUAUUUAAUUUCUGGCCAGUUUUUCCUCCAGUUCAAAAUCAAUCAAAUGUGACCUUACUGUAGCGCCACUGUUCAGAUCGGAGGAUAGUGACUUUCUUUUAAAGGAGAUAUUUUUGUAUUUGAGAAUAAAAUGUUGAGAAGAAUUUGUAUUUAUGUUAGCUAGUGAAAUUCAAUUGAACUGUGAAGUCACACGGCUUCAGCGCUGUUUUUUGUUUGUGUGUUUAAGAUUCAUGUCCUGCCUUACAAUCAUACCUGAACAGCUUUCAGCACGUAGUACAGACACGAGUUUGUGAAUAUGCUCAUGCUUUUGCUAAUAAAAGUUUUUACUUUUCACGUUCA